UACAACUCGCUGGUUAGUUAGUUAUUUAGUUAGCGGUAACUAACGCUCCUCUCACCCGGGUAGCACUGAACCCGUCCGGCCAGAUAAGGUUAAAGUGGAAGUUUCCCUUCCCAGCUGCUGUGAGUCUGUAAACGGGCGUGACGACAACAACAACAACAACACCACCACCACACCACCACCACCAACAACAGCAGCAGCAGCAGCAGCAGCGCUUCCUGGAUGUAGCUGUCCGCCCCAGCAUCAGUUUACCGGAGAACCGCUUCAUCAGCAGCUUUAGCAUGAGCGAAGGAGAGGUGUUCCAUGAGAAGCAACGACUGGAGCUGUGCGCGAUCCAUGCCCUGAACAACGUGCUCCAGGAGCGGGUGUUCACCAAGGAGACGGCCGACGACAUCUGCAAACGGUUGGCGCCCCAGUGUGUGGUGAACCCUCACCGCUCGGUGCUCGGUACCGGAAACUAUGACGUCAACGUCAUCAUGGCGGCGCUGCAGAGCCGAGAGCUGGCGGCGGUGUGGUGGGACAAACGCAGGACGGUUCAGAGUCUGGUCAUGUCGAAGGUCCAGGGCUUCAUCCUCAACGUCCCGUCUCGGGUCUCUCUCGGGAUCGUCUCGCUGCCUCUGAGGCGCCGCCAUUGGCUGGCGGUCCGGCAGGUGAACGGUCAGUACUACAACCUGGACUCCAAGCUGAAGAGUCCGGUCUGCAUCGGGGGAGAAGCAGAACUCGGGACGUUUCUCAGCGAACAGCUUUCUCAGGACGUUGCAGAGAUGCUGCUGGUGGUCCGGAGGGAAGUGGAGGAGGACGGCUCGUGGCUGAACGCCGACAGGAAGUGACGCCUCCGGACAGGAAGUGACUCCGAGUAGCAUGAUGGAAGAAGAAGAACUCCUCUGGGAAAAUGACAGACUUUUUCUUUUUGUUUUAUUUUUUAAACAAACACCUCGUUUUAAGGAAAAAUGUCUUCAGGGAAUGCACUAAAAUAAUCUCCACAGAGGAAAACCCAAAGAGAAGCAGGGGAGGCGUUUUACUCUCAACAGCUGCUCAACUGUUAAAGUGUUGCUGCGUUUUCCACCCGACUCUCGGUACGUUUUGAAGCCGCUUUCCGCUGCAGGAACUCGUUUUAGGGCGACGCUGAGCUUUUAGCUGCAGGAACGUUUCCAGUAGAACCUCAUUUAUAGAAGAAAGAAGCUCUAAAUCUAAUGGUUAAACUCUGACAGGACUUCAGGUGACUUUUAUUUAUCUUCUUUUUGCCGUACAGUUGUGCUCAUAAACUUACAUUUGCUGGCAAAAAUAGUGAAAUAUUGUCCUUUUUUAAAAUAGAAAAUGUGUUUAAUCAUAGAAAAACUUUUCUUUCAUUUAGGGUUAGCAGUCAGAGUUAUUUAUUGUCACACAGGUUGUAUUUGUUCUGAUCAUUCAUAUUUUUAUUAAAGAAUAUUUUACUUAUUCUGCCGGGAUGUAAACUUAUGAGCUCAACUGUAUAUUCUAACAUGACAAACCUCCAUUGUUCUGCUUCUGGAGACGCAAACGUCUAAUUUUUCAGCAUAUUUUGCUGCUUUUAUGUCAAAAAAGGUCACAUUUAGUUCCUUAGUUUUAAAAAUCACACAGAAGUUACAUUUAAUCUCACGUUUAGCUGUUGAAAAAUGGUGACAGGGCUGCAAAACAAACAUUUAAAGGACUAAAAAAUAAGAAAAAUGUUCAUUAAUCUGAUAAAAUAACGUGUGUGCUCUGUUCUGCUUCCAGCUGCAAAACCUAGACUGUAAAUGUGUCAACAAUGACAUAAAUCUGGUCAACAAUUACCCAACAAUAGUCCCAAAUGACUAUAACCUUUCUAAAAGUCCUAAAAAUUUGUCUAAAUUAUGUCAAUUUUGGAUAAACCUGAGUCAUUUUGGACUCAUUUUAGGAUAGUUUUAGUCAUUUUGGACUUGUUUUGGUUAUUUUUUUGAUGGUAUUUGGGUCUUUUUAGGCAUUUUUUAGCAGUUUUGUUUCCUCAAACUUUUAAAGACAAACACUUUAAGGACUCUAAAAAACGAGAAAAAUGUUCAUUAAUCAGUCGUGACUGAGCGAAUUUCCGGAAUACUUUAGUUUUUCUGCAUUCAGUCCCCACAUUUAUUAGUUUUUAAAUGUUUUUAUUUGCCCGCUAACGGCCGUUGCAGCUGCAGAAACAGCUGUAAUAUUCUGAGUUCCUGCGGCGAAUUCUCCUUUUAGUUUGAACACUGGGACGAGAACCUGACUGGGUUCGUCUGAUGACACUUUAUAACCGGACGGCCUCUCUAACUCUAUGCACUGCAGCUGGAUGUCGUCUGUCUCUGUCUCCUACAGGUACCUGAAGGCAUCGCCGUGUGAGGCGUUGAAGGACCACACUGCCGUUUCUGCAGGUUUUAAUCAGUUUACUGCACAAAAAUAAUCCAGUUUUUAGAGAUUUAAAGUCCAGUGAUCCACCUCAAUGGACACACUGCCGGCUUUUAUUUCACUUUUUAUUAUUAUCGUUUGCCGAAGCUGAUGGAAAUAGAAGCCGACGUCAUGUUUGUUUAAACCGACAAGAGCUGCAACUAACAAGUAGUUUUACUGUCGAUUAAUUAAUUUGGUCUCUAAAAAGUCAGAAAAUGUUAAAAAGGUCAGUAUUUCCCAAAAUCCCAGAUUAAAAAUAACCCAAAAAAUGUGAAAGUUAAUCUUAUAAAUACGUGCUUCAGUUACUUGACAAAUCAAUGAAUUAUUUCACCUGUAAACACUUCAAAUAUUUGAUAAACUAUAAAUCUAAAGACUGGAACAGAUAAAACUAAGGAUUAUAUGAUUGUGAAAACAUGAAAAGUUGAUGUAUUUAAUUCUGCCAUCAGGGCUGCAGCUAAUGGUUGUUUUUCGAGUUUUUUUGUCUCAAAUGUCAGAAAUGUGAAAAAUGUGAAUCAAUGUCUUGUUUUGUACAGAAAUAUUUAGCAGAGAAGGAAAAAAACAAGCUGCAAUUAGAGAAUUUAUAUUUUUUAAAUUAAAAAAAUGACUCAAACUGACGAUUAAUGAACUAGUUGACAGUAAAUCGAUGAUCGUUGCAGCUCUACAGUAAAACUCCUCUUAGUUAAAGUUUAUUUUUGUGUAAAAAGGUGCAGAAACGGCGGCUCUGACUGUAUUUAAUAACCUCUGUUUGUUCCUGUUGAUCUAUGCAUAUCCCAAACCAGAAACACACUAGUGACUAACUCAGAGGUUCCUGAUAUUAAAACUUAUUUAUAUUUCA